UAGACAUUAGUUCUUUAUUCGCAUUUCGCUAGUCAAAUUUCUCUUGGAAUUUGGAUACCUCAUCCUUCUCAUUUGUAUUACAUUUUAGUUUUUAAAUAAAUAAUAUCCAAGAUGGUUAUGCCAGGAAUGACUUUAGAAAGUUUGAAAAAACACAAGUCAUUAAUACCAUUAUUUGCCUGUCUCGGAGUGGGAAUGGCUGGUGCAGUCUUCUAUCUUGGUCGUUUGGCUCUGAGAAAUCCAGAAGUAACUUGGCACCCAAAGAAGAAUCAAGAACCGUGGGAAGAAUACAAACAAAAGCAAUACAAGUUUUAUUCAACAUCAAAAGAACCUCCAGUCAGUCCAGCGCCAAAAUAUUAGAAAUAAUAUUUUCCCAAGAACAUGCCAGUUGAUUUCAAGUGAUCAGUUAUAUUAGAUAAACAUUGUAUAUUUUGUUUAUUAGUUGAAGAAACUACCAUUAUAAAAAAAAAAUCAGUUAUUUAAAUAUAGGAACAUUUAUAUUCAUGUA